AUGUUCAAAAGAUUCAAAUCAACAACCCCCCCGUCAUUCCAUAAACAAGGUAGAUCCACCGUUAGGAUCCAAUCACCAGAACAGAAACUCAAAAAUGCAAAGCCCAAGGAAUCACCGUUUGUUCACGAGUUGGUUCUCACAGGAAGACCCAAUUGGGACAAAGCACCUCCACAGUUGAAACAAAGAUACAAAGGCAUAUUCCUUGUCCUCUUGUCGGUUCCAAUAAUACUCAUCACCAGUUUUGAGAUGUACCAAAGACUCGAAGGACAAUCGACAAAGAAGAUCCAACAAGGUGAAAAAUUACCCAACGGAGUCAACAGAGACUUUGAAGAGAGUGAAAAGUAUAAAGUAGAAAAGGAAUCAUUCAUGUACAAACUAUUUGGCAAAGAUUUCUUUCUAGACGGGUUUACAAGCAAGACAAUGAAGGCUGACAACAAUGAAAAAGAAAGAGAAUGA